UUCUGCUGAUUGUGAACUCCGUCGUAGUCGCAGAGGCAAUGAGUUCAUCAUCGCAUGAGGGAAUAACAACGACAAAUGACACUGUGGUACUAGCACCGGAGAGAAUUGCGGACCUCGUGAAAAAAUAUUUUAGAUGGAUUACGAGACUGGCUGGCUAUUUUCGUGAAGGUGGACAUACGUGCACGGAAGGGAAAGAAUUAAGAGAUGACGCCCAGAUGAAGCAAAAAGUGAAGAAACUACUUAAGCAUGUUAGGGAAGGCAAGUGGGAAAGCGUGAUGGAAACAUACAAGAAAGAAAGAGGGCUUCGCACGGAGAAGAUAACAGAAAACGAAGACACAGUGUUACACAUGGCUUUGUCUAAAAAUGCGUACCGGGCAGCGUUAGAAAUGGUAUCCUUCAUACUUCGCGAAGACAAAGAAGAAAAAGGGCACGCGAAAGAGGUGUUUGGAACUAAGAAUAAGAAAAAUAACACUGCUCUGCACUUAGCAGCUUCAAUGGGUUAUUUUAGAAUUUGUGAGAUGAUUUGUAAAGUAGAGCCAUCCUUAGUUAGGGAACGCAACACUGAUGAGGAGACUCCCCUCUUCCUGGCGGCACACAGUGGCAACAAACGAGCUUUUCUUUUCCUUCAUUAUCUUUGUAUGAUCCAUGCUGGAGAUUCUUCAACUCAUCAUGGCCACGCGCACUAUAUACAAAGGGGCAAUGAUGAUACCAUCCUCCACUGUGCAAUUGCACAGGGCCAUAUUGAAGUGGCAAUCGAAAUAUUUUACCUUUAUUAUGGAGAUCUUGUGAAAGAGAUGAAGUGCAACAAGGAUGGCUUGUUUCCGCUCCAUCUCCUAGCAGCAAUUCCUUCAGCUUUCAAAAGUACCAGUCUCCAUGGUCGAUCUACCAUCGUCCGCUUCAUUUAUCGGCUUUUUCGUGUUAAGAAGAAGAAGGAGGCCACGACCAUUGAAGAAUUGGAACGUGAACAGAUGCCAUCCGUCUGUCGUCGUAUCUGCUUUAGAGUAAUAGAAUUGUUUGAUCCAGAAUGUAUGCCAUUACUUGAAAUCCCUCGCGUCAAGUACAUUUUUGCCCUGCCGGGAUUGAUAAUUUUUGUCCUGCUAGGCCUUACGCUAGUCCUUCCGCUAUUCAUCCUGGCUUUAUUUUUAUUAGCAGGGUACAGGUGGCUCCUUGAGAUACGAAAAAUGAAGGAGAAGCACAAAUGGACUCGUCAAAUAAUGAAUGGACUUCUUGAGCAUACCUCCCAUGAUGAAAUGUUAAAGACAAAACAUGACAACGAGCUGGUAGAGACGCCUCUAAUGAUUGCUGCGAAGAAUGGUGUGAUAGAAAUGGUGGAGAGGAUUAUGGAAAAAUUUCCAUCGAUGAUUGACAAUGUGAAUGAUGAGGGGAAGAACAUAGUUCUGGUAGCAGCAGAAAAUAGACAGACCCAGUUAUAUAAGUUUUUAUGGAAUCGAAAGGACGACACAAUUCCCGAAAGUGCAUUUAGGCAAGUGGAUCAAAAGGGGAACACUGCAUUGCACUUGGCAGCCAUGAGUGGUGCCAACCUAAAUUGGCAAACAACAACCAUGAUAGGGGAAUCCAAGUGGUUUGAGUUGGUGAAAAAAUCAGUGCCUUCUAAUUUGAGGGAGCAGCGCAACAAUGAGAGUAAAAGUGCAGAAGGAAUCUUUAGAGAGAGUUAUGGGGAAUUGAUGAAAAGCGAUCUAGAGUGGGUGUAUAAAACCUCACAAGCAUGUUCUGUGGUUUCGAGCUUGGUUGCAACGAUGGUCUUUCCCAAUGUGGCAGCUAGUUCCAAUAAUGAUAGUGGCAAGCCAACCCUUAUAAACAAGUUUGGAUUCAAAACUCUUCCAAACCCAUAUCUCGUGACCCUUUUCCUGUCCCUCAUGUCCACCAUCUCCUUCCUAGGCAUACUUGCUUCUCGUUUCCAAUCUGCUUGGUUUUGGAUGCAUGUUCCUUUCAUGCUUCACAUCGGCAUGUUCUUCAUGUAUGCCUCCCUUGUUUCUUUGUGGAUCUCUCUCAUGCUCCAUGACCACUCUACAACAACUUACGUAAUUCUUGGCUCUCCAAUUGGCUUCCUUAUCAUUCUCUUACUAACUGUAUUCAUUGGUCCUACGUUGAAGUCUAUGUAUAACAAUCCCCCUAGCCUCCAACCACUCAUGCCACAGAAAGGAAAAGGAAAAAGGAACGGAUCCGAACCCAAGGGAAACGGAACAGACAGCCGGGAAGCAAAAAAAGGAUAAGAAAUAAUAUGAUUUUGAAAAAUAUUUUGCAUUAGGAUCAGAUUUAAAACCCUGAAAUUAAUUAAGUGCAUGUCUUAUUUUUCAAACAACACCGUCCAUCAUAUAUCACUUUCAUUUUAAAUGCUUGUGUGUGGUGUGAUUUGAUAGCUUUAUUUCUCUUUUGUUUGCAACAAUGUG